CAUUAUCUUCUUUAAUCAUUACCAAUCGUAAUGGAAAUGUGGGUUCGCCCAAAAAUAAUUUAUUCAAUAUUUGUCUCCACACUUUCGAAGAAGAAAAAAAAACUCUAUAUAAAGGCAAGCUAGAACCCUUGGCUGAGUGAUUCAUUUCUACGAUAUUGAACCCAAAAAAUUCAUCCUCUUUUUCCCUCCUCAAAAGCCCAAAACACACUCCCAAUUAAGUUUAUUUAUCAUCUCCGAUCGACGCAUUCUGAUCAUCAACUCCAAACCCAAUCACCAAAAACAGCGUAAUCCAUAUAGAAAUAUAUAUGAGCAUGAUGGAGGGCUUCGAUUUUGAGGGUAAUACGAUGAAGGCCGAGCAAAGCAGCAGUUUCCCGGUAAAAUUUAGCGGCGUGGGAGAGAUGAAGAAGCUGUUCCGCAUUGCUGAGAUCUUCAUCGUGCUGUGCCUGCUGACGUGGACGUCAAGUCGCCUACCGUUGGCCGUGAGGAUCUCCGGCGAGUACCUCCGGCGGCUCGUGAACAUCGUGGUGAGCCAUCUCUUCGUCUUCUUCCUCAGCAAUGCCAUCGUCCUCAUCCUCUUCUGCAAGUCGCGCACUCUCUUCCUGCACCACGCCUUUCAACCUGAUUUUUGCCACGACUUCAUCGGCAACGCCGCCGGAGAGGAGGAGAUCGUGUACCAGGACAAGCACACCAUUCUCCAAGUCACUAAAGUUAGGAGGAGCCAAUCGGCGAAUUUCAGGAGAGAGAGCGGCGGCGCUUGCGGGAGGCAGCUGCGGCGGUCUGAGACGGAGCUACGGCGGAGAGUGGAGGUGGUUGAUCAACUCAGUAAUGAGGAGUUUCAGAGAGCGAUAGAAGCAUUUAUAGCUAAGCAGAUCAAGUUUCAUCAACAAGAGAAACUCACUAUUGUGCUCCAUGAAUCUAACUAGCUAAUUAAUUUCAGAGUUUUUAGUUAAUACUAUAAUAUUAUUAAAUAUUUUGUAGAGUUUUCAUAAUUUCUAAGUGAAUUAUAUAUCCUAUCUCCUCCCUUUUACA